UCCCUGCUGCUCCAGCCUAUUUCCAUAGCUACGCAGCAGAAGGACCUGCACGUGGGGGGACGGCACGGCUGCCAGCUCACAGCUGCCCUCCUGCACCAGGCAAUACGGUAGCUCGCCGCCGCCUCUGACAUCACCUCUCCAUCUCCUCUGCUGGACCGAGGAUGCUGCGCCGCCAAGGGGAAGCGGGCACGGCCCCGGGCCAGGGGCAGGGCUGAGCCGGGGGGAGGCGAGGGAGACGCGCUGGCUGCGGAGCCCUCCGGGACAGCGCGGGCUUCUCUUCUGGCGCACGGCCCUCCCCAGGCGCUGAAGCGACGGCCGCUGGGCCGUGAUGCCUCCGCGUGCCGCCGCCAAGCACCAUGAUGCGCAAGAAAGUGCCCGGCUCCGAUGGUCAGGCCACCAGUUUGCUCAUCGGCCUGGGAGAGAGCCCCUCCGGCCCCUUUACCGACCUCGGCGCGGUCCCGAAUGGGCCCCCCGGUGACACCUUCGAGGAGGGGGAGGAGGAGGACCCCAUCUACGUUUACAGCAAUGACAGUUAUGGCUGUGCGGGUGGUUCCCCUGGUACCUACUUCAGAGAUGGGAAAACGAAGAUUGACUUUGUGCUGGUCUGGGAAGAGAAGCUGCGGCCCGCGAAGAAGAGGCGGAGCAAGGAGCCCCGCUGGGGAGGCGAGAGGGCAGGGGGCCAGGGGGCCCGAUGGGAGGUGGCCCGCGGGCGCCACGAGCGAUGGAAGCAGAAGUUCCUCAGGAACCUGCAGAGUGCCGGCCUCUUGAUGGAGAAGGAGGAGACCCUGAGCGAGCGCAAGGGCAUCCACUACCUGAAGCUGAGCGCCCCCUGGGAGGUGCUGGUCUACUACGCAGAGGAGCUGUGCCUGCGAGCACCUCUCCAGGCCCACCCCAAUCCAGACAGGAACAGCUCAGACGAUCUGCUCCGGAAGCUCCGCCUUCCCAACGUCAUGGCCCAGCAGGUCCCCAAGAAGCCCGUCGACUACUACACCUGUGCCUUCCGCAAGUCCAAGCUGGGCAAGUUCCUGGGCAGCGACUUGCAUGAUUCCUACUUCACCAACACACAAAGGCAUCGCAUCGUGUACGAGAUCUUGGCCCGGACCAUCUACGGGAAGCGGAAGCAUGCUGAAAUUGGCAUUGACCGGCUGCUGAAUGAAGGGAUCUACGCUGCAGCCUUCCCAUUGCAUGAGGGCCCCUUUGAGCUGCCCGAUUAUGAGGUGCUGAGCGAGGAGUUGAAUCCCCGGCAGAUCUUGUACCGCUUCUGGGCUCAGUGGCGCUGCUGGUACAAGUACCAGCCCUUGGACCACAUCCGAGAAUACUUUGGGGAGAAGGUGGCCAUCUACUUUGCUUGGCUAGGAUUCUACACGGCUUGGCUCCUCCCAGCUGCGGCUGUUGGCACUUUGGUGUUCCUGGCAGGCCUGUUCACCAUGGGGACAAACACGCCAGCGCAAGAGACCUGCAGCAGCGGGGGCCAGUUCCUCAUGUGCCCCCUGUGUGACACCUGCGGCAACUGGAACCUCUCCGAGAUUUGCCCCAUGGCGAAGGUGGGCUACCUCUUUGACCACCCAGGGACCGUCUUCUUCAGUAUCUUCAUGUCCUUUUGGGCUGUGACCUUCCUGGAGUACUGGAAGCGGAAAAAUGCAACACUCGCCCACCACUGGAACUGCAUGGACUUCCAGGAGGAAGAGGCAAGUAGGAGAUGGAUCUGGGCCCGCCUGGCCUCUCCUAACCCUUCCGUGUGCUGGGGGAGAGCCUGGCCAGCGUUUCCUGUGGCAGGCAAAGGCAGAGGAAGCCCUGCAGUUCCAGCCACCAGAUGGCGCCAGUCGACAACAAACAGGCACGCAGUGCACCCUCCCCAGCAGCCUCAUGCCCUGGGCGUGCUGGUGCCUCGGCAGGGGUUUGCCCACUGCACACACACCCUUCUGCCUGCCUGGACAUGGGCAAGGGGCGCUGGUCUGUGGCAGAGCAUCUGCCUUGCAUGCAGAACGUCCCAGGUUCUCCAGGAGCAUCCCCGGCCAGAGUUUGCUGCAAUGGCUCCCUGCAUGGAACAGAACCCCAUCACGGGGGUGAAGGAGCCUCACUUGCCCGCACGCGACCGGCUGUCACGCAUCGUGACGGGUUCCAUGGCUGUCAUCGUCAUGCUCUGUGUGGUGAUGAUCUUCUUGGUGUCAGUGAUCAUGUACCGUGGGAUUGUCAGCACUAUGAUGUACCACACGGGGAAUGCAGUCUUAGUGACCCAGGCAGGGAACAUCGCCAACAUCAGCAGCUCCAUGGUGAACCUGGUGCUCAUCCUCCUCUUGAGUCAGGUCUACACCUCUCUGGCUGAGAAGCUCACCAGGUGGGAAAUGCACCGAACGCAGACCCAGCACGAAGACGCCUUCACCUUCAAAGUCUUCAUCUUCCAGUUUGUGAAUUUCUACUCCUCCCCUUUCUAUGUAGCUUUCUUCAAAGGCAGGUUUGUCGGGUAUCCUGGCCAAUAUGGAAAACUCCUGGGCAUGAGGAAUGAAGACUGCGGUCCUGGUGGGUGUCUAAUUGAACUGGCCCAGCAGCUGUUCAUCAUCAUGGUUGGGAAGCAGAUUGUCAGCAACAUCCAGGAGUUUCUUAUUCCGAAGCUGAAGUCUUGGCGCCAGAAGAGGAAGCUGGCCCGGGUGCGAGGGGCCCAGAUCUGCCAGGAGCCCAAACCGUGGGAGGAGGAUUAUGAGCUGAUUGAGUGUGAAGGCCUCUUUGAGGAGUACCUGGAGAUGGUGCUCCAGUUUGGCUUCAUCACCAUUUUCGUGGCCGCCUUCCCGCUGGCCCCGCUCUUUGCGCUGCUCAACAACUGGGUCGAUAUCCGCCUGGACGCCCAGAAAUUUGUCUGCGAGUAUCGGCGCCCAGUGGCCGAGCGUGCCCAGGACAUCAGCGUCUGGCUCCUCAUCCUCGAUGUCCUCGCCCAAAUCUCCGUCAUUGUCAAUGCCUUCCUCAUCGCCUUCACGUCUGACUUCCUGCCACGCCUCCUGUACCAAUAUGAGUAUGACAGCCACCUCCACGGCUACGUGAACUUCACCCUGGCCUACGCCCCGCCCAGCUAUGUGAACAGCAACCAUACCAUGUGCCGUUACAAGGCCUUUCGUGAUGCCCAUGGAAGCCAAACCCUUUUCUACUGGAAGCUGCUGGCCAUUCGCCUGGGCUUCAUCAUUGCCUUUGAGCACGUGGUCUUCUUCUGCCUGCACCUCAUAGGCUGGCUGGUCCCAGAUGUCCCUGAGUCCCUGGAGGUGAAGAUCAAGCGGGAGCGCUACCUGGCCAAGCAGGCUCUGGCUGACAACCAGGAUGUGUUGCUGACGGUGAGUGGCGACUCCUCUCCCUCACCAGCAAGCAGCUUUUUACCCGACAGUGUGAACUAGCAUCCCUUGGCAGGGGCAGAGGUGGGAACACUGCCUGUUGGUUUCCCCACUGCUUGUGACCAUGUGCGUUGGCUCCGCUGUAGGGCGAGAAGAGUUGGAAAAGGGCGAUUGAGGUAUGGAGAAAGGAGGCCUUUAAAGGUUUAUAGAGGGGGAGCCCUUCUGUUCGUAAAAGCAGCAACAAGUCUUGUGGGACUUUUAAAGAAUUGGAAGGUGGACAAGAGCCGCUGUGCUUGUGGGACGCAGAGGGUCACAUGCUGUUUGACACACACACUGACACAUGCUACAACAACGGCUGCUUUGCCUCCUUGGCUGUCCUGAGACACUCAACCUCCAGCUUCUCGCUUUCCCCUCUGGAUCUUUCUCCUACUACCCAGAAAUGGACCACAGGGACCGCGGGGAUUGUGCAUUUCCAAACCUCUCACACUGAAUUCCUUCCCAGUCCAAAGGGAAGGGCUUAUCUUUCUUCCAAGGUCUCUGGGGACAGUUUUCUUGUGUGCCCACCUCCCACCCAAGGCAGUUACCUCCCAGAAACUUCUGCUUCUCUUUAGAACAGCAAUGGGAAUUUCAGCAGCGGAUUCUUCAGAGCCAAGGAGAGAGGAGGCCAGAGUUGUUGCCUUCACAGGCUAGGCUUUCUGGAAAUAGUUUAGCUGUGCUCAGAUUCCCCCACUGGGUCUCUGCUGAAAGGGAUUCCCCCCAAAAUAUUGAUCCAGUGUGUGAGAGGGCCAUUUGCCACUGGUGCCAGCUGCUUCCAUAAGUCAUACGUUCAUCUUAAAAUGUUUGGAACAUGUGUACUCUAGGCACACCAAAAAGCACCCUUUGUCCACAUGAAGGACAGUCGGUGCAGUUUUCCUCAGCAUUUUGGCCUCAGAAACCUGCCUGUGCUUUCCUUGCUAGAAGUGUGGGCAUGGGUGGUAGUACAGAGGCCGCCCUUUACCACAUUGGAAACUUGCAGAAAUGGUAUUCUCCAAAGAGCAUUACAGUGUUUGUGCUUGUGAAUGUGGCAACAUGGGUUGAGGCUGCAGGAAACCCAAAGACAUAGACAAGAGGGUGGAUCUUUGGAGUGUGCACAGCUGAACAUUUAUCAUGUUUUUAUCCUGAUCUGCCUGUCCAAGGGGAGGCAAGGAGGAGGAAUGAGAUUGGAAGCAGGAUCCCUCCUCAAAAAAAGCAUCACAAGGCAACCUGGGCUCCUUCCACACUAGCCCUAGAGAAAAGGCAUCCUUGGGUGACCCACUUUUCAGGGAGCACCCACACAACAUUCCUGUCAAAUUUUUGCAUUCCUGUGUUUUCUGUGCUGUUCUCCCCCAACCUGAUCUGUGGCCAUAUUUUUUUGGUCAAUAAAAUGCAAUGGCAGCAUCAGGCUGGCCUGGAUCAAAGUGCAGCUCAGGCUAUUUGGGGCUUCUUUGCCUUUAAUUAGAAGCUUCCUCUUUGUGCUUUCUGCCCUUUUUGUUGUUCAGCAGCACUCCUGUUCCUAUUCAGCCUCUUCAGAAGCCUUAUGUCAAGGGUUGUGUGGGACUACCGUUUUAAUUCCAUGUCCUCUUGACUGCGGAAAAGCAAUGUCCCAAUAGCUCUAAAGGACCCUCAAGUGGAGGACCCUCAGUGAGCUUCAUGGCUAACCAGGAGAUUUGAACCUGGAUCUGCAUCUAGCACCCUCUACACUAACGCUGUGAUUUAGCUGGCCUGGAAGGCAGAAAAUACUCCAAGAGAGAGAUGCCAGCCCUUAGGGGCCACUUGGGCCCUCCGGAGCAGCCGCAGCCACAAACAAGUUUCUGCCGCGUGGGCAGUGGAACUGAAAGAAGCCAGGAAAGGAACAGCUGGGAUCUGGUAGUGGAAUCACAUGUCCUGACUCUUCAGAGGAGAGGAUCCUGCCCUUUUUGGAGUUAAGAUCAUGGGUUUUCUGGCUGGCCGUUCUUUCGUGCUGUCAAAGUCGCCCGCUGCCUUUCCCUUUCCCUCCACCGCUCAUCUGCCCACCAGGGAUGUGUUGCUUUUACAGGUUGUAGGAGAAACAGGCGUGAGGAGGAUCCUUAUGAGAUGAGCUUCCCCUGCUGUCAUUGCCCUGCAAAUGAGCAGACUUCGGAUUCCCAACUCCGCCUCCCCUUGCCCUUUCAACUCCAAGCCACAGUCCUUUCUGUGAGAGCAGCAGGAGUGGGGGAGAGAGAUUGCAGGGGCAGAGGCGGCACCCCUCCCCCCUCGUGUGGGCUUGCUGCUGAUCUAGGGCCACAGGGUGCAGCAUGUCAACCUUUCAUUAGCAUGGCUGCUUGGCACCAAUCCCACCCACUUCCUCUCCCUGCACGUUCAUCCCCCAGAGCUGCCCUCCUGGUGCAACCAGAAUUGAC